AUGGCUGCGAAGCUGCGAGCGCAUCAGGUGGACGUGGACCCGGACUUCGCGCCGCAAAGCCGGCCGCGCUCGUGUACCUGGCCCCUGCCGCAGCCUGACUUGGCCGGCGACGAAGACGGAGCGUUGGGUUCAGGGGUGGCUGAGGGCGCGGAGGACUGCGGGCCGGAGCGCCGGGCAACGGCCCCGGCGAUGGCCCCAGCGCCGCCGCUGGGAGCGGAGGUCGGACCGCUGCGGAAAGCCAAGAGCUCCCGACGGAACGCGUGGGGGAACCUGUCCUAUGCCGACCUCAUCACCAAAGCCAUCGAGAGCGCCCCGGACAAGCGGCUCACGCUCUCCCAGAUCUACGACUGGAUGGUCCGUUACGUGCCCUACUUCAAGGAUAAAGGCGACAGCAACAGCUCGGCCGGCUGGAAGAACUCCAUCCGGCACAACCUGUCGCUCCACACCCGUUUCAUCCGCGUGCAGAACGAAGGCACAGGCAAGAGUUCGUGGUGGAUGCUGAACCCUGAGGGCGGGAAGACCGGCAAGACCCCGCGGCGCAGGGCCGUGUCCAUGGACAACGGGGCCAAGUUCCUGCGCAUUAAAGGCAAGGCAAGCAAAAAGAAGCAACUACAAGCACCCGAGCGGAGCCCUGACGACAGCCCCCCGGGCGCACCAGCCCCGGGGCCUGUGCCUGCCGCGGCCAAGUGGGCCACCAGCCCAGCCUCGCAUGCCAGCGACGACUACGAGGCGUGGGCCGACUUCCGUGGCGGCGGGAGACCCCUGCUCGGGGAGGCAGCCGAAUUGGAGGACGAUGAGGCCCUGGAGGCCCUGGCGCCGUCGUCGCCGCUCAUGUACCCGAGCCCGGCGAGCGCGCUGUCGCCCGCGCUAGGCGCGCGCUGUCCGGGGGAAAUGCCCCGCUUGGCGGAGCUGGGAGGCCGAAUGGGCUUGCACGGCGGUGGCGCGGGGAUGCCCGAGGCCCUGCUGGACGGCGCGCAGGACGCGUACGGGCCUCGGGCCCGCGCCGGUACCCCCGCCUACUUCGGGGGCUGCAAGGGCGGUGCCUACGGCGGGGGUGGAGGCUUCGGGCCGCCGGUGCUGGGCGCGUUGCGCCGCCUGCCCAUGCAGACCAUUCAGGAGAACAAGCAGGCCAGCUUCGCGCAGGCCGCCGCGUCCUUCCGCCCGGGGGCGCUGCCCGCGCUGCUGCCGCCGCCGCCGCCACCCGCGCCACGCCCCGGCCCGGUGCUGGGCGCGCCCGGGGAGCUGGCGUUGGCGGGCGCGGCCCCCGCCUAUCCCGGCAAGGGCGCGGCCCCAUACGCGCCGCCGGUGCCCUCGCGCAGUGCCUUAGCCCACCCCAUCAGCCUUAUGACGCUGCCCGGCGAGGCGGGCACCGCGGGGUUGGCGCCGCCCGGCCACGCAGCCUCCUUCGGGGGCCCGCCCGGUGGCCUCCUGCUGGAAGCACUUCCCGGGCCAUACGCCACCGCUGCCGGGCCGCUGGGUGCCGCGCCAGACCGAUUCCCGGCCGACCUGGACCUCGACAUGUUCAGCGGCAGCCUCGAGUGCGACGUCGAGUCCAUCAUCCUCAACGACUUCAUGGACAGCGAUGAAAUGGACUUCAACUUCGAUUCGGCACUGCCUCCACCACCGCCCGGCCUGGCCGGGGCCCCGCCCCCCAACCAGAGCUGGGUACCUGGCUGA